AUGGGAUCAGCUGUGAUCGACCUCUGCCGGAACGUGAUAACCGUGAUCGAGAGGUUGAACGUCAGCACCAUCAUCAUCUGUGGGACCCACGCCGGAAAUCCCAGCUGCUGGUUUCUGCACGACAACGGGACGCAGUUGGCGACCGACAGAGAAGGGCACGGGAUCGUGAAUGAUGGGAGAGGGAUCUCACCACCAUCGCCAACCCAGCCGCACGCCACCAUCGCCGUCGAGGGAAGCCUGUACUCAGCAACGAGUGACUCCUUACUGGGCAAUGGUGCGAUCCAGCGGAGGUACGGACGGCUGAGGAGCCUGAGGACUGAAGACAAAUGGCUUCAAGCGCCGGGGUUUGUGGAAGCCGCCUGGAUUAAAAUGAAGGACAGCAGCAAGGACGAGAUCUACUUUCUCUUCAGUGAGACUGACGGUAAUGAGGCUUCAGAGAGAGCUGUCAGGUCCUGCAUUGGACGCGUCUGCAAGGUUGACGAGGGAGCGUCGAAGAGCACCCAAGAUUCCUGGACGACCUUCCUCAAGGCUCAACUGCUCUGCGGCUUUCCAGCCGAGCUGAGGUACUUCAACAGGAUUCAAGACGCCUCUGUCCUCCUCGUUGAAGGCGAGCCUCAGAGAAGUACGGUGUACGGGAUCUUUACCAGCCUGUGGAACGCCAGUGCGAUCUGCGCCUACUCGCAGGCGGACAUAGACGGGGCAUUUAAAAACCCCAAGCUAAAGGGUUUCACCGGCAAUCUGCCAGCGAGUCCAAAGCCAGGAACGUGCGGCAUCAGCAACGUACCGAGAAACGUCCUGACAGCAAUAAGGAACCACCCAGAGAUCGAGGUGUCCAUCCUCCCCAUGAAAGACCAGCCCCUCUACGUGGUGAAGCACACCAGCUACACCAAGAUCACAGCAGACCAAGUCAAGGGGGCCAAUCACGACUACUAUCCCGUCUUGUUCAUUGGCACAGGGAACGGGAAGAUCCAUAAAGUUCUGCACAACGACGGGGAAUCCUUCAUCAUCUCGGAGCUCAGCCCCUUUCAGACUGAGGCCCCAGUCUCAGCCAUGACACUGGACCCAGGCACGGGGCACCUCUUUGUCGGGACGCCCCUGGAGACCGUCCGACUGCCGCUGGCGAACUGCGAGGCGUACGGCAGCACCUGUUGGCAGUGUGUCGCUGCCAGGGACCCCUACUGCGGGUGGCACCAGGUCAGCAAGACGUGCGCGCCCGUCGCUGGAAGGGAGAAUGAUACUGAGAGUGAGAUUCUCCAGAGUAUUAAACAGCUGAACGUCUCGGUCUGCGAUGGUGAAGCAGGUUUGAUGCCUUUCAAGGAAGAGCCCAAAAUGCUGACUGUGCAUUCACCUGCCUACCUCUACCUGCCCUGCCCAGUCAAGUCCUUCCACGCUGUGUACACCUGGAGCUAUAACCAGGAGGAUCGGUUUUCCUGCAGCAUCCAAGAUGAUUCCUGCCCACUGAUAUUCAACCGUCAUCUCCCAGUGAGCAGCGGGGAGUUCAGGUGCAUCGCCAGCGAAGACGGGCUGGAGGAGGUGCUGGCUGUCUAUAAUGUCAGGUUCAGCGGCGGUACACACCCAGACCGGGCGGGCACGGCUAUCACAGCCGGUCUGCUGGUGGCACUCUCCCUGGUCUGA